AUGUCUGACAUAGUCCUCCGUAAACUAUGGAUGGAUAAACUGAGCCCACAAACAUCACAAAUAUUAGUGUCACUCCCGGGCGAUUUGGACCUACAGCGAUUGGCAGAAAUCGCGGACAAAAUAUAUGAGAAUAAACCUCCGGGAACUGCUUCUGCGACACCACUACAACCUAUUGUCUCUUCAGUCUGUGAAUCACAAGAGUUAUCGAAAAUUAAAGAUUGUAUAGCCGAGCUUACCUCACAGUUACAAGCUCUACAAACCGCUAUGCAUCAGCAAAAUCGCACACCCAACAAUUUCACUAGUCGACCACGUCCAUCACAUCAUACUAGGCGAAGAUCACGUUCCACAUCCAGAAGCAGGCCUAUAUUUAAUACCUGUUGGUAUCAUUUUAAAUAUGGACAACAAGCGCGGCAUUAUACGAAACCGUGUAACUUCGACAUAAACGCAGCUAAGGAUAACAACACACAGCAGUCGGGAAACGACUAUCCCGGCAACAAGCGAUCUUUUCCGUGGGUAUUCACGAUAACCCAAGUUCGAACCCCAAUCCUAGGAGCGGAUUUCCUCGCCCACUUUAACUUGUCCGUUAAUAUGUCUUCCCUUUCUUUGGAGGAUAAAACGACCAACAUUACAAGGAAAGGAAUUACAUCUAUUUAUACGAGCACAUGUAUCAGCGCAACUCUACCUGAAGCCAACGGAAUGCAGGAUCUGUUACAAAAAUAUUCUCAAAUUACAACACCAUUCCGGUAUACAGAAACCGUUCGUCACAAUGCUGAGCACCACAUUGAUACUACGGGACCACCCACGCAUUCAUCUCCACGGCGAUUGAGGCCUGAUAAAUAUAAACUGGCGAAAGACGAGUUUCAGCACAUGCUGGACCUCGGUAUAAUUGGACCUUCUUCGAGUCCUUACUCAUCUCCUCUUCAUAUGGUUUCAAAACCAGACUCAGGAGCUUGGAGACUUUGUGGCGACUUCCGGAAGCUGAAUGCUACUACAAUUCCGGAUAAAUACCCCAUCCCGCACUUGCACGAUUUCGCAGUGGGUUUGCAGGGCGCCACAGUCUUCACCGGACUUGAUCUGACUGCUGGGGCCUCUGCCAAAAAUGGCCUAGUCUCCUCAACAUUUGGAACCCACACUCACAGCUGCAAGCCCUUCGGCAUAGGCGACAAACAGGCCAAAACAGGAAGGGACCGAAUAUUAUAA